AUGGGUCAUCAAGGCAGCCUUUCAAUCUACCAGAGGACUUCAUUGGUGGCGAUCUGCCUUGCAGCUUUACUCCUGAGCAACAUCUUGAUCUAUCUUUAUUUGGAUUCUGUGUAUCAGUCAGACGGACAAGCAGUCCCUACCCACGAUAGCUGUGUGACUCAAUAUUUUAAAAUGCCAACAAUGAGGAACUGCACUCCCUGGCUUAAUUGUUCCCUGAUCAAAUCAGAUGUUCGCAAGCUGAGGCUAAUCGGCCACGGUGGAGUAAAGAAGGUUUACUUGGCAGAAUGGAAGGGCCAAAAAGUGGCUGUGUCCCAAUUGUCUACUAUGGAUUACGCUGAGGAUUUUCUCCACGGAUUGUCCAUGUUAAAGGCACUGCAAGGCCCUCUGGUGGUACAGUUGGUGGGAUUUUGCCUUGAAAACCAUACCAUGGUCACUGAGUAUCAUCCACUGGGGUCACUAUUAAAUUUGAAUGCAGCACUGGCACGGGAGCAGCAAAAACAUAAAGACACUUGGCAGACAAGGCUGAUGUUGGCGAUAGACUACGUCUCUGUCCUCCAUUACCUCCACAAUAGUCCAGCUGGACGGAGGGUUAUGUGCGAUUCCAACACAUUGGAGAAAACACUUUCCCAGUUUUUGCUCACAAAUGACUUUCACUUGGUGGUGAAUGACCUAGAUGCACUACCUGAGGUGGAUAUAUCCAGGGGCUUAUUGGUAAAAUGUGGUCCCAGGGAGCUCAGUGGGGACUUUGUUGCACCUGAGCAGCUGUGGCCGUUCAAUAAUAAAGGGAAGCCUUUUUCAAAUGAACUAAUGCAUGAAUAUGAUGAAAAGACGGAUAUCUGGAAGAUCCCAGAUGUAGUUCAGUUCCUGAUAGGAAAAGUAGCUGGAGGAGAUUUGAUUCACUUCCAUCUCUUUCAGAUUCAUAAGGAGUGUAAAGCAGAAGACCCAAAACUCCGCCCUUCAGCCUUGGAUGUUUUGAUGAUUUACAAGGCGCUUUACAGCAAUAUGGCACGAGACAACACUCGCUCAUUUGAAAAGUACAGCAGUGUUGCCAAAGUUACUUGA